AUGUUUUUGAAAGCAUAUAACGAACCCGAAAGUAAUGAGCCUAAUAAUAACGAUGGUUCGAUCACUUUUGACCAAAAUUUAUCGAUCGAUAGAUUAUUGAUAAAUUUAAGAAUUGAUUUAUGUGAAUCUGAUGAGGAAACAUGGAUCAAUAUAAAUUCAAGACUAGAAACAAUUUUUAGGUGCAGUAAAGACUUAAAAACACAACUUGACAGAUAUCAAAAGAACAAAUAUUUACAAUUAAUUGAUAUGCUGAGUUAUUCAAGAUUUGAGAAUAAGUUUCCUGUUAAUAGUCUUACAGAGUUAUCACUUAAUAGUUUUCUUAAAGAACAUGAAGACAUCAAUUCGUAUAAAAUAUUGAGAGGCUCGAACAAUAAUGAAUACUUAAUAGAAAGUGAUGAUAAACAAACUUUUUCGAAAAAAGAAUUUAAUUCUGAAAAUUUGAUUGAUGAUGAAUGCUUAACAGAAAGUGAUGAGAAUGACGAGAAUGACAAAGAAAAUCAUAAAAAAAUAAUUAAACAAAAGGAAUGGAGUACUAUUGCUCAUUCUUUACUUUUCCCUGAAUCUGAUGACUUGUCUCUUCAAAUUAAAUUCCAGGAUAAUAGUAUCUACCUUGAUUUGGGAGAUAAUGACUAUGCAAAUCCAGUUCUCAAUCGAAAAUGGGUUAGGUUUCAAAUUAAAUCAAUUCUCAAGUUGAAAACCACUAAAUCUAAGGAAAGAAAAUACAAUGCUUCAUGGCAUAUUAAAUUCUUAGUAGACAAAAACAUCACAACAAUCAAGAAACUUGUUAAAGCUGGUGCUUCUCUAAGAUUUUUUGAAACUAUAUCAAUUGUGGAGUUUGAUCGCUUUUUAACUACAAUAACACACAGAGAACAUAAAAAGUUAUUAAUCCUUAUGGAAAUAGAUGUCACCAAUACUUCUACCAAUACUUCAAACUUUUUGUUGUGA